UCCACGAAAGGGGAAAAAGGAGAGAAAUUGGUUUGUGGGAAACUGAGGAAUGAGGGUUUCCUGGCGGCAAAGUGUACGGUUGGGUUGAUUGAAGAGUGCCCAUUUGAAGGAAGUUACUUGUUUGUGUUUCUUCAUCUUUUUCUUGCUGAUUUUACCAAGUUGGGUUUUUGAAGAAAUUGCUACUUCUACAACUGACAAAAGAAAAGGAAUGACCUUUGGAUUCUGGAAAAUUGGUUUUAUUGAUGAGAGAUUUUUGUUGAAAUGAGUCCAGGUUUGUAAUAAUAAAGUAUGGAGGCUGAGAAGAAACGUUCAAAAGGAGGGUUUCUUCAUUUGUUUGAUUGGAAUGGGAAGUCUCGGAAGAAGCUUUUUGCUAACAAUUCAGAAGAGUUGCCUGGAUCAAAGCAAGGAAAAGAAGAUGAGGAGAAUUGUUCUAGGACUGCCGUCUACAAUGCGGUGGAAGCGGAUGAGAACGAAGCAAGUUCGAGUAAAAAAGGGGGCAGUGACUGGAAUUCUGCUUCCUGUGUAACCAGUGAAGAUGGAAGUGGGGCUAGAGCCCCAGGUGUAGUUGCUAGACUGAUGGGUUUAGAUUCAUUGCCAACUUCGAAUGUUGCAGAGCCCUCUUCUAGUUCAGCCCCACUUUCUGACUCGUGCUCAUUUAGAGCUUCUCAUCAUGACAAGAGUGGUUUGUGGAGUGAUUUUUAUACGAGGGAUUGUGUAAAUGUGCCCAACAGACUCAACACAUUUUCUAGGAAUCAAGUAGAAUCUAGGUCCCAGAGGCAGCAGAACCGGCCAAUUGAGAGAUUUCAGACCGAAGUUCUACCUCCUAAAUUGGCUAAAUCAAUUCCAAUCACUCACCAUAAGCUAUUGUCACGUAUAAAAAAUCCUGGGUUUGUUCCAACAAAAAAUCAGACUUAUAUCAUGGAGGCUGCUGCAAAGAUAAUUGAGGCGAGUCCUAGGGCAUCCUCCAAGAGUAAAGUGUCAAGCAUAGGGCCUUCUUCGGUUCCCUUGAGAAUUAGAGAUUUGAAAGAGAAGAUAGAGGCUGCAAAUAAAGCAACUGGACCUGAAAAAUCCAAGGAAGCGAAUGCUUUAAAACGUACUGGAGGACAGGACAGUAGCAAGACCCCUAAUGGUUAUGUGUUAGUAACUCAGGCUCCUAUCAAUUCUGGGAAAUGGAAUUUUAACAAUGUCGGAGGCAAGGCUUCAUCAGUGUCACUUGCUGUACAAGCAAAGACCAAUGUUCAGAGAAGAGAAGGCUCAAUUCCUGGUCGUAAUAGGAACUUUAUGAACCAGAAAGAGGUGAAGUCAAACUACAUACCAAAGCGCGAGCCUAACUUGCAAAGAUCAGAGCAGAAAAGAACUUCUCCAGAGAGCAGUAACAAUGUGUUAAGGCAGAAUAACCAGAAGCAGAACUGUGUAUCUAAUAUGGACAAGACUGGACAAAAUCUGGUUUCCAAUCAUCCAGCCAGAAGAACUAGGUCCUCUAGUGGCUCUGCUGAGCCAAGCAAGACUGUAAAUAAGGUUGUUGCAAACUUCAAAACCAGAUCAAAGAAGGCGGGCUCUGUGUCAACUGCUAGUCAAAGAGAGACAACGGUUAAGAAUGUCUCUCGGAAGAAACAUUCUGUUUGUCAGGGUGUUCGUAUGGAAGAAACUGCUGCAGGUGGUAGUAGUAUACAGAUUAGUGAAGGGCAAAGGUCUAUAAAAUGUAAUAUAUCUAUAGAUUCUUGCACUGGUAUGAGCCCAGAUAACAGAAAGCCGGGAAUAGAUGUAAUUUCAUUUACAUUCAACUCUCCCCUGAAAAAAUCCACAUGCGUGUCCCCGUCCUCAGGUCAAGCCAUGAUAAUGGAAAAGAGAUUUGGGAUUAACUCCGUAAGUGACAAAGAUCAGCCGCUUUAUUCAAAUGGCUUCGAAUUGUCUUCUCCUGGAUUCAAUGUAAUAGGUACCGACUCUUUAGGUGCUCUUCUGGAACAGAAGCUUCAGGAACUAACAUGUAAAGUUCGGUCAUACCAAUCAAACCUUUUCAGAGAAGAGAGUUCUGCUCGUUGUGCAUCUGCAUCACAAGACUCCAAUGUAUUAAGAACCCCACCAAGGGGAAAGCAGGUUCAAGUAUGUCUGCUUAGAGAUAAAACUGAUAGCAUAUACUGUUAUGAUUCCCCGUCCAUUGAUGGUCCAGUGGUUAAUAUGAACGGGCAGUGGCAGGAAAUGGAAGAGUCUACCGGAAGCAGCAGCUAUGAAACUGGAAAAGAAUUAGAAUAUGAAGAUGCUAGUCCAGAAUCAAGUUUUGAACUCGCAUUUGAAAGUGGAAGCUCUACAGGAAGCAAGGAAUGCUCAUUGGCUGAAGCUCAAAACCGUCUGUCUUGUGCAAACGAACUCCUGCCAGCAUAUAGCGUGAUAGAUUCACCUGACUCAAUCUCUUCCAGUUGUACAAGGAAUGCAAGUAGAAAGCGAAUGACUAAAAGAUUCGGUUUGGAAGAUCUUGAUAGACCAAGCAACUGGGAACUGGAAUAUGUGAGGAGCAUACUCGGUAAUGCUGAAUUAGCAUUGGAAGAUUUUGCAUUGGGUGAUACUAACAAGGUCAUCUCCUCAAAUAUCUUUGUUCACCUGGAGCACAAAGAAAACGGUACAGAAAUAGAUGGAGAAGAAUGUUCGAAACGUGGGAGAAAGGUUUUGUUUGAUUGUGUGAAUGAAUGCCUGGAAUCAUGGUGCAAGAAAAUGUUUGUUGGAACAUGCUCUAGAUGGGUUAGAAUAUCUCCGAGGAAGGAAUGGUUGGCAGAGGAAUUGUACAAAGAGAUUUCGGGUUGGAAAAGCUUGGCAGACUUUAUGGUGGAUGACCUUGUGGACAAGGACAUGAACACCUGGUAUGGAAGAUGGCUUGACUUUGAUAAUGAAGCGUUUGAGGAGGGGCUAGAUAUUGAAAAAGAGAUAUUGACUUCUUUAGUAGAUGAGUUGGUGUCAGAUUUAAUGAUCUUGUAGUCUCUCCAAAAUGUGUUCCUUGAGCCUCAACUCAAAUGUCAUCAGGGUGAAAAAUUCACCUUGUUGCUCUUGUAUGGUUUCCAUUUUUACCUAAUUUUAA